AUGUCCGUCACCAACAUCCCAAUCCCCCCUCGCGUAUUCACCAUGACGACCCGCGACCUCUUGUCCGGCCCUAUUACUCUCUCCGCGGCCAAGUUGAAAAGUAGCAACGUGCUCCAUGCUCUGCGCUUUCCCCUGCAGAAGCGCGAAUUUUACGCGCGCAUUGAGCGCCAGCGCCACCUCCUCUCCCGCCUCGUGGCGCACCAUCUCAACACCGACCUGGCCAGCGUGACUAUUUCCGGGCAAGAGUACUGGUGCCAUGGGUCGUUUAAUUUGUGCGUACCGGCGCUCGUCGACAAUGCUUCCGCGCCCCGGUACGUCAUGGUCCGCUUCCCGCUGCCGUAUCGCGUCGGAGAGGCGACGUACCCGGGGAACGCAGAUGAAAAGAUUCGGACAGAGGCGGCGACGUACGCGUGGAUUCACCAAAACUGCCCAGAUGUGCCCAUACCGCAAAUCUACGGCUUUGGGCUGUCUACGAAGCAGCAGUUUACACAUGUAAAUCAUCUGCCAUGGUGGUCGCGCUGGUUCCAACAUGCCCGGAGCUUUGUCCUGGCUGCUCUCCGCCUCGAGCAGCCAUCGCAGCUCGUGCCGCACCGCUCAACUUUUCUCGCCGACCUAGACGUUGGCUACCUGCUCAUCCAGACCAUAGACUCCGGGACCAUGCUUUCGGAAUCGUGGGACGACAAGUAUCAGGACGCUCGUCUCCAAUAUAACCUCCAGCGAGAUGUUGCGCGGGUCAUGCUUUCCCUCGCCCGCGCUCCGCUCCCUUGUGUAGGAACGUUUCGCGUUGACAAUCGCGGCUAUCUGCGGCUAGACAACCGACCCCUGAGUAUUCAAUCUACCAUUCAGGAGAACGAGGGUAUCCCCGUCGACACCCACAGACGCCAAAUAUUUACCAGCGUCAAGGACUUUGUCCUACACCAUGUAGACGCCUUUAGCAACCGCCUGCUGCAUCAGCCAAACGGCAUCGACAGCCGUGGUGACGCUUGCUACCAAAUGGCGAGUCUCGCAGGCGCUGCCGCUUUGUUUCCGCAGCUGUUUCGGCGCGACCUGAACAAUGGUCCGUUUGUCUUUGCCCUGACCGAUCUGCACAGGAGCAACAUCAUCGUCGACGAGGAGUGGAACAUUGCGUGCAUUAUCGACCUCGAGUUUGCCUGUUCGUGGCCGGUUGAGUUUGUGCAGCCGCCGUUCUGGCUGGGCGGCGAGGCCAUGGACGAGGUGACUCGCACGUCAUUUGCGGCACAGCAUGCGGGAUUCGUCGAGCAUGUCGAGCGGGAGGAGGCGCUCUUAUUAGCCGGCGCGACGAGGGGCGGUCGGGAGCCGCUCUCGGCGAUUAUGCGACAAGGAUGGACCCUGGGCACCUUUUGGGUCACCCUGGCCGUCAUGCACCCAAUUGCCUUUACCGAAAUCUUCUACGACCGCAUAUUGUGCGACUUGAUGGGGGUCUCGCAAGAAGAAUUGGACAAGGUGGACCACACAUUCUUUGCCCGUUUCUGGCGCAGAGACAUGGACUGCAUCAUUGACGAGAAGCUGAGGGACUGUGACGGAUAUAACGCGCAGCUCGAUUUGCUCUUUUCUGACAAGACUAAUCCGUAA